AUUUGGAAGUACAAGUACAGUUUUGAUGCAUUGAUAUGUUGCAUAGUGGUUGAAAUCUGGGCUUUUAGUGUUAACCAUCACCGGAAUAGUAAUAAUAGGUCUAUAAUUAAUAGGGAGUAGUGCUUGCAGCAAAACCAAAUCCCAUUCCAGAAUGUGGAACUAAUGUAGGGAAGCAAACUAUUGGCUGAUCCAUGACAAAAGGGAGUCUAAAGUAAUUGACAUUCCUGCUUCUAGGUAUUUGGCUGGUCCCCUUGAAGGAGAAUGCCUCGUAAGGACCUUAGAACUUGUCGCCAUUGCUGUAACGUUGACUUUUCAGGAGUGGCCGUAGCCACUGGAAUAGAGAGUCUCCCCUGCCGUUUCCUUGGCAAAUCAUGUUAUUUUCCAGGCUAAAACUCCACUUUCCCUAACACUUGGAAGAAAGUCCAAACUCCUUCUAUGGUCUACAAGGCACUGAAAGUUCAAGACCUUAAUUUCCCUCCAAUUUCAAUGACUGUCAUUCUUCCUUUGCACUGUUUCCUGAUGCCCUAGCCACACUAAUACCCCAGCACAGCAAGUACUCAGCAUAUCUUGUUCCCUCUGACUGGAACACUCUACAUACAUUUUUCCCACUCCCAUCCCUUUUAGAAAUUGGCUGAGAUGUUACCUCCUAAAAGUCCUCUCCCCACCACCACACAGACAUUACUUUCUAACCCAGCUUCUUGUUCAUUUUCUUUAUUAAACCUGACCCAACUAUAAUCACUAUCCCUUGAAAAAUAAAUUAGUACAGAAAUGAAAACAAACUCCAUCAUUCUACAGAGCUUUCAAAUGCUCGAAAAUGUUUCUGAACACUCAGAGGGGAAAGCAAAAAAUCAAGAUGCAUCCUUGGAGAUCUCGUAAAUAAUAAAAUACCUAAAUGGUUGCCUACUGUCAAAACCCCAAGAAUUCAGCCCACGUCUUCUCUUUUAAAAAGGCAGUGGCAUUUUCAUUUUUUCAUCUGAUUCCCACCAAUCAGAGGCCAGGUACCCAUGAACCCGGCUCGGCGUGGUCUUUUAAUAAUUAAAUCAGGGCUGCCAUUGACCUCAACUAACGCCAGAGGCUUCUGACUGCAGCCGAGCUCUGGUGGAAAGGCCGAUGCCGGCCUGAGAGUGGGAAACGUGGGGCCGGGAGCCGGGGGCUUCCGCGCGGCGUGGCGUGGCGUGGCGCCCUCAGGGCCGUUACGCGAUUUUUGCUCCCGCGGGCAGCGCCUCUCAGGCCACCCCCGAGGGACCCCGAGGACGCACUCGGACCCCAGGGCGACGGUUCAAACGGGCCAUUGUGCGCCCCCGGGGUCCCCCGGCCCCUGCAGGGCUACUUGGGCGCAGAGCCGCGGAGGGUCUCAGUUCCUAGACGUCCUCCUAUCCCGGGCUGCCUGAGUCCUCGCCAGCAUCCGCCCUCUCCCACUCCCAUCCUUCCUGGAUCCGCCUCUCGGUUCCCGAGGGACAGUCCCGACCGCAAACCCACGUAGAGUAAGGAAUGUGGGACAGGCGACAGAAGUGGCAUACGGUCCUGCGUUAUCCCUCCGUCUCGCCACACCUUGUGUCUCCAUCUCUCCCCACUUCCUUCCCUCCGUCUGUCAUCUGUCAUCCCCGGUCGCUCUAAGACCAGGAUUCCAAUUCGCCUAGUGAGGAAUCUCACUAGGGGAAUUUAUCGCGACAUCAUAAAUUAACGGGUUCAUUUUGACUGAAAACGCGAAGGACUUUUUUCAGGCAGAAAACAAGUCUCGUCUGGACGAAAUUAGAAAAAGAAUAUAUUAAAUCUGUGGAAGGAAGGAAACAAUGGACAUAGGCAAAAAAUUCACUAAAGAGGAUCAUCUACUGAUAGUUUGUUCUGAGAAGAAACCAAAGUGGAAAAAAAGCAAGAUUGACGAGAGCAAUAAAAAGCAGGAAUAAAUGAUACUACAGUGAAAAAAGGGAUGUGAUCUUCGUGGUGGAAAGCUAAAUUUUAAAACCACCCCAAUGGAUGCAGACAGUGAUGUUGCAUUGGACAUUCUAAUUACAAAUGUAGUCUGUGUUUUUAGAACAAGAUGUCAUUUAAACUUAAGGAAGAUUGCUUUGGAAGGAGCAAAUGUAAUUUAUAAACGUGAUGUUGGAAAAGUAUUAAUGAAGCUUAGAAAACCUAGAAUUACAGCUACAAUUUGGUCCUCAGGAAAAAUUAUUUGCACUGGAGCAACAAGUGAAGAAGAAGCUAAAUUUGGUGCCAGACGCUUAGCCCGUAGUCUGCAGAAACUAGGUUUUCAGGUAAUAUUUACAGAUUUUAAGGUUGUUAACGUUCUGGCAGUGUGUAACAUGCCAUUUGAAAUCCGUUUGCCAGAAUUCACAAAGAACAAUAGACCUCAUGCCAGUUACGAACCUGAACUUCAUCCUGCUGUGUGCUAUCGGAUAAAAUCUCUAAGAGCUACGUUACAGAUUUUUUCAACAGGAAGUAUCACAGUAACAGGGCCCAAUGUAAAGGCUGUUGCUACUGCUGUGGAACAGAUUUACCCAUUUGUGUUUGAAAGCAGGAAAGAAAUUUUAUAAUUCACCACUUAAUUGGUUAGAAUCUCUAACUGAGCACCUUUUAAACCUGCUGCACAUUGGACUCAAAAGGAAAACUGGACCAACAGUAAUUGAGGAAAUAGACUCUUUUAUUCAUUCAUGGCUACAGUGUAAGCUCCAGUCCCUUUGGAUUUUAUUCCAAACCUUGCUGUAAUAUAAAAGGAAGUUUACAAGACAUGAUAUUGCUGCUUUUACAAAAGGACAUUCUAUUUAUUUUCGCAGUAAUUCUCAUGUCCCCAUAAGCAGAGCUGUCACAGUGUGCACUACCUUAGAUUGUUUUAUUGUCGUCAUUGUUAUUUUUUUCCAUUUUGAGCUAAUGUGUUUUAUUUGUGAAUAGUCUUUUACAUUUUUGUAUGCUGAAUAUGGGCACCAAAGAACCUGUAAAAGUUAUCUUUUUCAAUUGAAUGUGCACAAAUAAAAGUUUGGAAAAGA